AUGGGCGACAGCGAACCAAAGCCAACGGCAACGUUGACGUGGAGUAACUCGAAUGUUGUGCGUCUCAAGCUCUGGAAGGCAAAUGGCGUCGUUGAUUGGAAUAAGGAAUGUGAAAUCACCGCCGACAAACGUCACAUACGUGACGGCAUGAGGGUUUACGACGCGGACGGCGAUGCGAUCGACGAUGCGAGAUUCAACGGCAUUCGUCAGGGUUAUUCCAUUCAAUACUGUUUCAAGGUCCCUGUUCUGACACCUCCAUCUCCGCCGCCCACUAAAGGGAACCUAAAGAUCACAAUCCUUUCGGAUCACGGAACCGUGACAUCGACACACCUGCUCGUCGAGAAGACUAUCCCUAGAACGCUUGAGGAAUUCUGGGCUAUAAUUCCCGGUGCGAAGGGCGUGGAUGAGACCGCCCUCGAGCAUGGCAGAGCUUCAGUACUGAAAAAGACCGAAAAAUGGGAGAAAUUGACUGCAGGUAUAUUAGAUGAGUCUUGCCUGAAAAAAGACGAUGGUAUCUACCAAUACCAGGUCCAGCGCUUCCGCACCCCGGAUAACUCACCAACCCAACCCCAAUGGAUGAACCCAAGUAUUCUUUCUAAGAGCAAUUCAUCCCUUGAGAAGAGGAUCCAGUGGCUUUUCUCGGACAACCCCUUUCAGGGAGAUGCAAUCCCAGAUGUGCAUGUUGACACCACAAUGCUGAACAUCCGUGAUUGGCUCAACAACGAGACGGAGAAGUACGCCGACGCACAUGCUAUCGGAACGCUUUUUGCGAUGCCGGGAUCGGGGAAAACAAAGUCUGUACUGGAGGCAGCGAAACGAGCAAACACCAAGCAUAAGAGAAUCCGCAUUUGCGAUGUCGAAUACGACGAAUUGAAACGCUGUGACAAGUUUGUGAACAGUCGAGUCAAGAAGAUCCAAAACGAUAUCAGCACCAGUAAUACCGACGACAGCAACAAAACCAUCAGCAUUCACUUCGACGAGGUGCAAACUCUGCUCGAUGAGGAAGAUGGAGAAAAGGUCCUCAAGAAACUUGCAAGUGUAUGUGCUGCCUUGGGCAAUCAGAACAAGCGGCUAAAGUUUUUCUUUACAGGAACCAAUAUCAAUGCCUCGAAGCCUAUUGACCUUGGAAGUGAACUCAAGGCCGUCCCCUUCUAUUUGGAUGGUUCCUUCCCAAAGGACUUUGUACGUUCUCUCUACAAAGAUCAUAUCGAAGAGAUAGUGAAUGAAGAAAUGGAAGGAUUUCUGGAACGCUGCCAUCAUAACCGCCGAUUCACUGCCUUUUUCUUGAAGAACCUGUGGGACGAGAAACACAAUCGCAACGAUCAAAAGAAGAGUGUGUCGGAUCAUUACGAAGCCGCACUAGAAUCUGCCCAGCAACCUAUCGCGUCGCGGAUGGCCAAUCAUGCAUGUCCUGCAGCUUGUCGUAUCUUUCGGAUCCUUCUUCAGGCUAUUAACGACGAGAAGCGUCCUUUGUCUGCGACAGGAGGCCAAGGGACAUCAAGCGUCAUUGCAAUUACCGUUGAUACUAGUACGUUUGCAUCCGAUCUGCAUUAUGUGCUUGGUGGCGGUCUAAAUGUGCACAAUCAGUUGGUGACGCGCAAUGACAAAACUACAGUCCAUGUGAUUCUUCCUGAGGGUUGUGUCUUUGAGAUUCUCAUGCAGAUCAUGGGCCGGGCAGUUCAGCCCUCAACCUACAACAACAUGUUGAGUUUCCUUCGAACCUCACGAGUGAAGGAGUUUAACUUUGGCUGGUUUAUGGAAGCCCUGGUUGUGCAUGAUCUCAAAUGCGUUUCUUCCGAGUUUGAAGAUUGGCUACGAUGCGGCCGCCGCCACGCAAAGAUUAUGGAGGCAGAAGUUGUUAACGAGCCCAAGCUUUGGGAAUGUAAUCCUAAGGCAAGCUCAGACAAAGUCAUUUGGUGGGUUCGGGAUGAAAUGAACUCUCAUCAGGAUCGCUGGAUCGACAUUGGUUAUCGGCAAGAUAACGGCGAAGUAGUGAUUGUCGAAUGCAAGAGCGGUGUAACAGAAGUACCCGCAGCACGAACGAAAUUCUUUGAAAAGGCAAUCGAUUUGGCCACGAAGCAUUCAGGCAUUCAAUGGAUUGCCGUUUAUUUAUGUUCUUCGGAACCCGGGGAUGAUGAAAAGCCUGAGAACACGACAAAAAACCUCCAGAUGAUGAUGAAGAUUCUAGUCCUGCCGAAACAUUCCGAGAUGGCCAAGACUCUACGUGCUGCCAAGGGAAAGGGUCUAGAACAGCAGGAGAGCCUGGUUGACCGUUUAGAGUCCGGGGGCAUCCAGACUGACCGCGUUCGCAUGUAUGCCGGCGGAUCUCAUAGUUUGGUUUCCACCCCGACCUGCGGAGCCAAACGACGGCGGACGGAUCCCUUUUGUACCUAG